AUGCCGACAGCUACAAUGCUGUUCUUGCAGAAGUUUGCUUCAGAGAGCAGGAGCUGGUGCAGGAAUGGAAAGCCCAGGAUUUGGCAGCUCCUGCAAGAAUGUGCCAGGGCUGUGUGGGAGUGCUGGAGCCUUGUCUCAGGGCUCACUGCCAUUGUCUGCUCACUGCCUAAGUUAAAAAUUGUCACUGCUGCUUUUUAUGUGAACAAGGACCUAAUUAUGAUUUCACGAUUUGUUUACUGUAAGCUCAAGAAUCAGAAGGUGGCAAAAGGCAGUCCCAGCCUGAGGAAUUUGGGCACAGUCUGGAUGGUGGGGUGUGGAGCUCUGAGUGUCACUGCCCUCUGUCAUCUGCUCCUCAGGAAUAAGCAGCACAGUCCAAGCUCUCCUGACCUGAUUGAAAUGCCAGGCUUCAUUUGUGUCUGUGUCCUGGGCAGCAGAUUCCCUCAGCUCCAUAAAAACCUCACUGGCUUUUUGGCACUUUUCCAGAGAGGAUGCACAGAAGGCACCUUUUACCUGCUCUUUGCCUUGGCCAUGGUGGGAAAUUGCACCUGUGGACUGAGCCUUGUUCUAAAGAUGCCAAAAUCCAUUCUCCAGGUCCUCUGCUUUGUUCACCACCUUCCCUGGCUCACUGGGAGCUUUGGAGUUUUGUUCCUUGACAUUUUUGUAUCAUUUGCCUGUUACAGCUAA